CGGAGUCGCUGCCAAAACGGGCGGCGAAGAAAGAACGCGCCGGUGAGGGGCGGAAGCUAAGCGCGAGCCGGCCGCGGUCGAGGCUCCGGACGCCGCUUUGCUCCAUCCGACGAGGUGCUGACAGAGGAGCGGACUGAAGCCUGCCUGCCGCCGGAGCCAACAUGUCCACCGAGGCGUCACCAUGACUUCUCACAACGACUCCGCCGACAUUUCCCUCCUUCCUCCACUUCCACCCUCCUCCUUAUCGUCAACCCCCCAUCUCAACUCCUCGCCGGCCCCGGCCUCCGCCGCCCCCUCGUACGUCCCGCCGUCCUUGGCCGGCAAUUGCAGCGGAGGAGCGUCCUGGCCCUCCUCGCCGCCGUACAACUUCUACGCCGUGCUGCUCGUGCUGCUCAUCUUCUGCGUGGUGUUCGGCAACGUGCUGGUGUGCGUGGCCGUGUCGCUGGAAAAAGCCCUGCAGACCACCACCAACUACCUCAUUGUUUCCCUGGCUGUGUCCGACCUGCUACUGGCCACCCUGGUCAUGCCUUGGGGGGUCUACCUGGAGGUGGUGGGCGAGUGGCGCUUCAGCCUGAUCCACUGCGACGUCCUGCUGACGCUCGACGUGAUGAUGUGCACCGCCAGCAUCCUCAACCUGUGUGCCAUCAGCAUCGACAGGUACACGGCGGUGGCCAUGCCCUUGGUGUACAACACGCGCUACAGCUCCAGGAGGAGGGUGGCGCUGAUGAUCGCCGCCGUUUGGUUCCUGUCUUUCGCCAUCUCCUGCCCGCUGCUUUUCGGACUCAACAACACCGCGGAUCGUGAAGGCACCACGUGCAGCUUCGCCGACCCGGCCUUCGUGGUGUACUCGUCAGUGGCGUCCUUCUACGUGCCCUUCAUCGUCACCUUGCUGGUGUAUGCUCAGAUCUGCGUGGUCCUGCGCAGGCGCGGCCGACGCAUGGCGCGGCCCCGAGGGCGUGGCGGCGGGCCCGAGGAGCCGCGGCGGCGCAGGAAGAAUAAAUGUACGCAGCCGGAGGAUGUGAAGCUCUGCGCUUUGAUCCUGAGACCCUCCACCGCAGGGGCCCGGCGCAAGCGGACGACGCUGGUGAAGGAGGCGCAGGUGCACCCUUCGGAGACGGAGCGCCGUCGUUUCCUGCCGCGGCCCGAACGGAGCGCGGCCGCGCCGCCCGGCGAGCGGACGUCGCGCCCGCGUCCCGGCCGGGCGACCAUCUCGCUGUCCGUCUCGGUGGAGCCCGCCGCGGCGCUCCCGUGCGCGGUGACGCGUUCGGCCCCGACGCCCCGGCCUCCCACGCUGCGGGACGGCAUGAGGGGCCGCGAGGGCUGGCGGGAACGCGGCGGCGGCGGCACCAAGGAGAGAUCCGGGGGCAGGAUGUCGCAGCAGAAGGAAAGGAAGGCCACGCAGAUGCUCGCCAUCGUGCUCGGCGUGUUCCUAAUCUGCUGGCUGCCCUUCUUCUUGACACACGUCCUGAAGGCUCACUGCGCCAGCUGCUGCAUUUCGCCGUCGCUCUACAGCGCCGUCACGUGGCUGGGCUACCUCAACAGCGCCGUCAACCCCGUCAUUUACACCACCUUCAAUGUGGAGUUCCGCAAGGCCUUCAUCAAGAUCCUCCUCUGUUGACCGCGUUCCGACGUCGAGGUGAUCGUCGCGGGACGCGGAACACUUUGCUCUACUCUUUGUAUUUUUUUUUCUCGCAAGUCAGGAUGAGAUCAUAAAAUGUACAGAUCACUUUUUUCUUUUCUUUUUUUUUUAAGCAACGCAGGCAAGAGCAUGAAAACAAAGACAGAAACCUGCAUCCAAAUGUCUCUCGCUAUGCAUCUGGAAACAGAAACAAAA